AUAAAUCUUACUUUCUGAGAACUGUGUCAGAAAAAGAGGAAAGAAUAGAGCUUUGGACUUUGUUAUAUAUGCAGAUAUAUUACUAACAGAAGUGUACAAUUCAUAAGGGGGUUCUUGAAAAAGAGUACUAAUAAAAAUCAAUUACAUGUCAUAUCUUUAGAAUGUCAGAAAUAAAGAUUUUAUAAUUUUAUAGCAUAUGUAUAUAGAUAUAAUAGACCUAGAGAAGAGGGUUUUGUAUAUAUGUAUCUGAGAUAUUUAUGACCUGAGCCUAAAAGGGUAUCUCUGCUUUUGAGAUUUCUGAAGCUUUGUAUAGGUCUUCUUGUGUUCCUAUAUUUGGUACUCUGAAACAAUAUUCAUGGCUGUUACAGCUAUGGUGUGUACUAUUAUAUGCUUUUCUUGGGCUUUGAGUAUUUUCUUCUGCUACUUGGAGUUAAAGGGGUUGUUGUUAUUCAGUUCUUUCCAGUGGCAUUUUCAUGUCUGCAGUAUAGAGAAGAAUCUUGAGAAAACAAGCAUUGGAGUGAUUGAAGUUUGAGAGUUGAUUUUGUAUGUUAUGAGAAGUUGAAAAUGGCAUCAUCAUCUGCUGAAAACAGUCCAGUGCCACUCAGAGUAGCACCCCCAAAUUAUCAUCCAUAUCCACCUCCAUUGGCUACAUAUGAAAAUGUUGUGGCCUCUCCUCAACUUUUUAUGGAUACUUUGCAGAAGUUCCAUGCUGCUAUGAGAACCAAGUUCAUGAUCCCUGUUAUAGGGGGGAAACCGCUGGAUUUGCAUCGCCUCUUUGUCGAGGUAACUACUCGUGGUGGUAUCGCAAAGGUUCUUGGGGAAAAAAGAUGGAAAGAAGUAACAACAGUUUUUAGCUUUCCUUCUUCAGCCACGAAUGCUUCAUUUAUCCUCCGGAAGUAUUAUAUUUCAUUGAUCUAUCACUACGAAAGAGUCUACUAUUUCAAGGCGAAGCACUGGACCCCUUCUCCUGACGUGUUGCAGCAAGUUUCACAUGCUGCAGCUCCACCACAUGGCUUGGCCGGAUAUGUGCUUCCGUCACCAGAAAUAGAAGCUGCCACGCCCAAGUUGCAGAUGGUAGAAACAACAUUUCCUGAAGAAACUGCAGCACCAUCGACAGGUUCGCCAGUGUGUGGGGUCAUCGAUGGGAAAUUUGAGAGUGGAUAUCUUAUUACAGUGAAGAUUGGUUCUGAAGAUUUUAAAGGUGUUCUAUAUCAGGUUCCGACGAACACAAUGCAUCAAGAGUUGCAAAAUCAGAAUCUACCUGUUUAUAACGCGGGGAAAGCAGCAUCGGCAACUGGAGUAGUUCGAAGAAAACGUAGGAAGAAAUGUGAAAUUAAGAAGCGCGAUCCUGCACAUCCUAAGCCUAACAGAAGUGGUUAUAACUUUUUCUUCGCAGAGCAACACGCCAGGCUGAAACCUCUCUAUCCUGGGAAGGAUAGGGAGAUUAGUCGGAUGAUAGGUGAAUUGUGGAACAACCUAAACGUACCCGAGAAAAUGAUUUAUCAGGAGAGAGCCUUGCAAGACAAAGAACGAUACAGAUUGGAGAUGGAAGACUAUCGCGAGAGAUUAAAAACAGGGCAAGUCGUUAAUAAUCCGCUGCAAAUACAACUUCCCAUUGAACACAACGUCGAUAUGAUUGAUGUGCAGAGUGAACUACCAAGUGAAAACGGAAACAUUUCUUGGAGUCCGGAGUACAGACCAAGUUCCGAUAAAUGUGCGCAAAGCAACUUGGAGAACAACAAAGGCACAAACCCGAAUUUAGAUGCGAAGGCUCCAAAGGCAACCAACAACGUGGGCGUGGAAGCAUUGGGCGAUGAAGAGGAAUUCGAGUUGCUUAAGAGAGUCGACAUGGUUGAAUGUGAGGAUAAAGAAAUGCAGGAAGAAGAAGAAGAAGAUGAAGCUGAUAAACAAAAAGAACUUCAACAUAGUAAGGAGAAAGUUUUGUUUUUCCUAGAAGAUAAAAAUUUAUUACCAACUGUGGAGAAAAUAUAACAUGGCAUAACUCAAGUUAGUUAACUUCCUAGAGAUAACACCCUAUCUUAACUAUAGUUACCUUUUGACUUAGUGAUUAUUUGUUGUUCAAUUGUCAAGUUUUUAGCAUAGUUGGGACACAAUUUGGAAGCAUGAACCAUUUUGAUGUAAAGAUAACUGUCUUUUGUUCUUCAAGUGCUCUAUGCAUGGUUAAAAAUA